GAAGGCAUGCACACAUCUGAUUUGCUUUGAGCCUGACCUACUGUGCUGGCAGAAGUCUCUCCGUUGAUGUGGGGGAUGCUGUGGCAGGAGAUCGUGGUGCAUUGCUUUUCCUGGGUGCUGUCGUCUUGGGUGAGGAAGCUAAGGCAUAGUGAGUCAAGGGAGACCUAGGGAAGCAAUCUUGAGCAGUUUCCACUUUCCAAGUGGACUUUGUUGAUUGGAUACAGAUCAGAAACUUGAAAGCAGCAUGCUUCGCCUCCUGAAACUGAUUGUGAUUCCAAUGAUUCUGGGUGACUCUCAGGGCCUAACCAGCAGGGCUGUCUCCCCCCCUGAGCUGAGAGUGCAUGUGGGUGACUCAGCUCUCAUGGGAUGUGUUGUCCAGAGCCCAGAAGAGAAAGAUGUGGUCAAAGUAGACUGGAUACUCUCAAAAGGGGAGCAUGCUGAGAAUGAAUAUGUGCUAUACUAUUACUCCAACCUUAGCGUGCCUACGGGGCGCUUCCAGAACCGUUCACAUUUGGUAGGGGACAUCUUACAAAAUGACGGUUCUCUCCUGCUCCAAAAUGUGCAAGAAGCAGACCAGGGAACCUACACCUGUGAAAUCCGCCUCAAAAACAAGAGUAUGGUGUUUAAGAAGUUUGUGGUACUGCGUGUGCUGCCAGAGAAGCCUAAAGAGCUCACAGUCCUUGAAGGCGGUUCGGCUGAGAUGGGAUGUUUCUUCCAGAGCACAGAAGAGAAACAUGUGACCAAGGUGGACUGGAUGUUUUCUUCCAGAAAGCAUGCCAAGGAGGAGGUUGUCUGGAGCCAUGACUUCAACACACCUAGUGGGCACUUCCAGAACCAGGGCCACUUCCAAAACCGUGUAAACCUGAUUGGCGACCUCUCCCACAAUGAUGGCUCAAUCAUGCUUCAGACAGUGAAGGAGUCUGACCAAGGAGUCUACACCUGCCACAUCUACCUGGGGAAGCUGGAGUCCAAGAAAACCAUUGUGCUGCGUGUGAUCCAGGAAGAAUCUCAAGAAUACGGAGACCCUCUGGAAGCUUUCUCCUUGUCCCAAGUGUUGAUUGCAACAACUCCUCGACCCAAGACCAAUCGGCCAGUGAUCCUGGAUGGGAAUCAGCUGGUGAUAAUUGUGGGGAUUGUCUGUGCCACCUUCUUGCUGCUCCCAGUUUUGAUACUAAUUGUGAAGAAAACCCAGUGGAAUAAGAGUUCAGUGAAUUCUACAGCUUCCUUGAAGAGCCUGGAGAACAAAGAGAAGACUAAUCCAGAGAAACAUGUCUACUCCUCAAUAACUACGUGGGAGUCAAUGGAUGGAGGACCAAGUGGACAAUCAGAGGCCACCUACAUGACCAUGCACCCAGUUUGGCCUUCUUCCUCCAGAGCAUCCAGUCUGGCCCUCUCUUCAGUCAGAUCCAAAUAAUCCAGUUUGAAAAAACCAAAAACCAAAA